CUGAAGGGUGCAGCCGUUUAACGGCGGUGGCGGCCGCGGGAGAGUUUGAAUCGGGUUUGGCGAGCGCCAAGCGGACGAAGUUUGUGUGGCUUUUGUGAAUUGCAAAACGCCACAACAUGACAAGACGAGAAUCGUUUCUACAGGCUGUGUUUAAGGGUGCCAUUGAUGAAUUUUUGUGUUUUAUUCAGCUUCAUAAGGAUGCAGCUGAUUCAUUUGAUCUGAAUGAGCUACUUCAAGAACUAUCAAGGAAACAGAAGGAAGCAUUAUGGGCGAAGUUAAAAGGCUUGUUAACACAGGUUUUGGUAGAUGAUCCGGUAGAAGAAUGGCAGAGAGUUGGAGAAGAAUGUGAUGAUGACAUGGAAAUUGAGAGAGCUCCCCAAAAGGAACAAACUACAGCUGUAAUCCAAGGUGUGACAACGGUAGUUACUGUCUCCAUACCUACAGUAGAUGAAAAUACAAACUGCCAAGAUCUCCUAGAAUGUGCCUUGAUAUUAAAUGAGAUUCUUUAUGCAUUACCUGGCUCUGAAAAAUCUCUGGCUGGGGCCAUCCGGCACCUUUGUGAAAGGUGGUGGCAGAAGGGCCUCGAAGGGAAAGAACGGUUUGGGAAAACUGCUUUCCUCAUGGUUCUGAGAAAAAACUUUGAGAGGAAAACCAUUGUGGAUGCAGAUAUAAUCCAUCUGUGGCAAAUACACCGGGCUUUAUUAUGUUUUGAUUACGACUCUGAAGAGAGUAAUGAAGUGAAGGAUUUGUUACUUCGGUGCUUUAUGAGUGUCAGCCAUAUUAAAAAAGAAGAGGGGAGAAGAUUCCUGAGUUUUCUCUUCACGUGGAAUGUAAAUUUCAUUAAAAUGAUACAUGGGACUGUUAAAAAUCAAUUGCAGUGUUUUCCGCGGUCCCUGAUGACAAACAUUGCAGAAAUUUAUUUCAGAGCCUGGAAAAAAGCUUCAGGGGAGAUAUUAAAGGUGAUCGAGCAUAAUUGUAUUCAGGAUUUCAUGCAUCAUGCAAUUCAUCUUCCCAGAAAUUCCCCGCUGCAUCCUAAAACGAGAGAGUUGCUGAGCUAUUUCCACAAACAAAAUAAAUGCCGCCAGGGAGUAGAGGAGGUACUUUAUAAACUCUAUCAGCCGAUUCUUUGGAGAGCUCUGAAGGCCAGAAACUCAGAAGUCCGCUCAAAUGCAGCGUUGCUAUUUGUUGAUGCAUUUCCUAUUCUGGAUCCACAUUUCAGCAAAGAAGAAACUGAUAGUGAAAUUCAAAGGCAAUUUGAUCAACUCUUUACUCUCUUGGAAGAUCCUCAGCCUCUGGUCCGCUCUACAGGGGUGCUUGGUGUUAGUAAAAUAGCAUUCAAAUACUGGGAGCUGAUUCCUGCGUCUGUGCUUGCUGACCUUUUACAAAAGCUUAUUGAAGAUCUUGCUUUUGAUACAAGUUCGGCUGAUGUCCGCUGCUCUGUUUUUAAAUGCUUGCCUAUAAUUUUGGACAACGUCCUAAGCCACCCGUUAUUGGAACAGCUUCUGCCAGCCCUGAAAUACAAUCUCCAUGACAAUUCUGAGAAAGUUAGAGUGGCUUUUGUUGAUAUGUUGCUGAAAAUUAAGUCUGUCAGGGCUGCUAAGUUUUGGAAGAUCUGUCCGAUAGAGCAUCUCUUGACUCGCCUUGAGAUUGAUUCGCGGCCUGUGUCACGGCGCCUAGUAAAUCUUCUGUUCAGUUCCUUUUUUCCUGUUGAUCAACCUGAAGAGGUGUGGUGUGAACGAUGUGUCACUCUAAUCCAAAUGAAUCCAAAGGCGGCAAGAAAGUUCUAUCAGUAUGCUUACGAGUAUACUAGUCCAGCCAACAUAGCUAAGCUGAUGCUUACCAUUCAAAGCUGUAUAAAUGCCUGCAUCCAUGAACGAUUAAGGGCAUGUGACAGUGGGGAUGAAGACAGUGAAAAAGAAAACACAAGUAUUCCAAAUAAUGUUUUGUCGAUCGAUGACGUACCUUCCAUGGGAGGCUUACUGGAGGUUAUUGUAAUUCUCUGGAGAAGUAUUCAUAAAGUACUUGAGCGCAAUGAAGGAGCCAAAAAUCAUGUAGUCAGAAAAUUUGCUUCUGUGCUUGGAGAAUAUUUUAAAACAUUUAAGGAUGAUCGUUGUAUCUGUCCUCUGAUUAUCCUGGCCUCUUUCAUGCCACCUGCUGCUAUUCCUGCAUUCAGUUGUGGUGUGAUCUCCAAACUGAGGAAUCUUGCAAAUGGUGCCACUGAUGAGAAAUACUCUACUCUAAUAGACUGCCUGUGUCGUUGGGGGAAAGCAGGACACAUUCUUGAAUUAAUUUAUGAUUGGAUAAUUCCUGAGCCAAGCACGAGAGAGAGUAAUGGAAGUUCUGAACGUCGGGUACGUAUCCAAGAAACACGUGAAUCAAAACCAGAAUUGGCUCUUGAUUAUACAGAAUAUUUAUUGACUCAUCACAUGAAUCGGGAUUGUCUUCUCUCACUCCCCAUAGAGAAACUGAGUCAGCUUUUGAAAGUUCUUCAAACAUCAAAGGAUGUUUUAGAUUUGAAUAUUAGAGGGACUGAUGCAAGAUUGCCCGGCUUUCAUCAAGCAACUGCUCUGAGAGCCUUUAGUCUGCAUUGCAGAUUAAGUAUUCAUCUUCAAUACAAGUUUGCCUCAGAAGGGCAGGAUUUCCUUUCAGAUUUGGAGGAAACAGGGGCUUGGAUGGGAAAUACAGUUCUACCUACUUUUUUAACAGAAGAAGACAACUUGGAUCAGUCCGGUGAAAUUGCUCAGCUGGUUAUUCAGACUUACCUGACAGUAUGCAAGGAUUUAGUAGCUGUUGGUCUUGCGGAUGUGGAGUUUCAAGUACGGCUUCUGAAAAUGGCACUUGCGCUCACAUGCAAAGAUAGAGGCUACAUCUUCAUUCCAAUGUUACUUAGCAUUCUGAAAGAGAUGGUUGAAGCUUCUUUAGGUCAUCACCUAGAAGGCAGCGGGCAUGAGACUGAACUGCUCAACAGCAUGCAGAAAAUGUUCCAGAGAAUUCUAGAAUGUCUGGCACUCAGGCUUAGAAGUUGGCGGGAAAAAGGAAUUCAGUUAAUUCACUCUGUUCAGGAGCCUCUUGGAGAAUUCAUACGCAUCGUCCAGGGUUGUGCUGUGACUUGUCCAGUCAUUCAUCAUGAAGUCCUUUCUUCCUUGUUAGCUGCAGUUGUGGUGGAGAUAUGUUAUACAUUGCAACAAAAGGCAUCCUGUCUGGAAGAACUAUCUCCUCCUAAGUCUUUUUCAGAGCUUCCGCCACUUUCAUACACUUUAAUGGGAAUAGUGAAUAAAUCAACGAACGUUGUUAGAUCUUUUUUAAAUGAGUUAAUGGAAAGCACUGUGAAUGAUGAAAUUGAAGGAAUUCUUAGCAUUACAUCAGCUGUGUAUAUUGUUGCUUUGAUUAAAGGCAAGCACAAGGCUUCUUACAUCAAAGAUACUGCAUCUGUCCUUCAGAGGAAGAUCACAACAUUCAGCGAAAUUGCCAAGGAAGAUGUUAGCAGCAUAGAACGAACCCUGUACGAAUUUGCUUGGCUUGUUUUGGAUGAAAUACUACGCCCUUGACCACUAAAGUAUUUACAAGUCAAGGAAACCCAAAAGAAGAUGCAUUGGACCCUUUCAGAAGGAGCCAAACCACUUAACUGUAUAGUUUGUUGCUAUGAGAUGGGGAGAAGGAAAUAAUGUGGUUUUGAUUGAUGCUUCCUUAGAAUGCUGUUUGGUGACAGCUUGUUCUAUAAAAACAAAAAUCAGAAUUGUGUAUUUGCAUAACAACUGUGUAGAAAUGCUUUAUAAAUGCUGAAAUAUGCUAAUACAUUUUUUGUAAAAACGCCUUUUGAAUAAUUUUUUUAAAAUCCUUGAUUGCUUCCUUGAGUAUAAAC